AUCAUGCUCGCUAAACUAGACCUGCACGAAUACGCGGAUUGCUCAGGAUUGCGGGAUGGAUGAUAAAAAGCUAGGAGCACCCGCGUAAAUUUAAAUUCCAUGUCCUGCUGUUCCAAUUCGAAGGCUACUCUUGCUUAAGCCUCUUGGAUCCUCUGCAUUGAUUUUCGACGCGGCAAUUAUGGGAGGCAUUACUUUUGAUCCAGCGAAGGAUGUGCCCGAUCUUGCCGGGAAGGUGAUAUUCAUCACUGGAGGCACCUCAGGCCUAGGCAAAGAAUCCAUCCUCCAAAUCGCGCCCCACAACCCAACCCACAUCUACUUCACCGGCCGCAACGCCUCCUCCGCAACCUCUACAAUCGAGCGCGUCAAGACCCUCGCCCCAAACACCGGCAUAACCUUCAUCUCCAUGGACCAGUCCUCGCUCGCAUCCAUCAAAGCCGCCGUCACCGCCAACUUCACCCACGAACGCCUCGACGUGCUCCUCUGCAACGCCGGCAUCAUGAACCGGCCGCCCGCGCAAACCACUGACGGCUACGAGCUGCAGCUCGGCACCAACCACAUGGGCCACGCGCUGCUCAUCAAGCUGCUGCUCCCAACGCUGCUCAAGACCGCCGAGCUCCCCGGCGGCGACACCCGCAUCAUCAUCCUCACCUCCCAAGGCAUGAAGAUGGGCAGCAUCGACUUCAAGACCCUCAAAACACCGCAAAACCGCUGGGUACCCGGCGCCCAGAUGCUACGCUAUGGACAGUCGAAGCUCGCAAACCUACUGUAUGCGAAGCAGCUCUCGAUCCUGUAUCCGCAGCUCACGUGCUUGUCGAUCCACCCAGGCGUGGUGAAGACCGAGUUGGUGGCUGAGCAGAGCUUCUUGCACAAGGUCAUUAUUUAUGGGAGUCAGGUAGGAAAGUUGUUGGAGCCGGAGCAGGGCGCGUACAAUCAGGUGUGGGCUUCUGUGGGCGAUGUCAAGGGCGUGGCGAAUGGGGAGUAUUAUGAGCCGGUUGGGAGGGGCGGGUUGGAUGGGGGGAGGGCUGCGAAUGUGAAGUUAGCGAAGGAGUUGUGGGAUUGGACGCAGAAGGAGUUGGAGGCUUGGUAGGGUGUGCGUCGUUUGGUGGCUGCUUGAGUGG